GCAAAAAUUACUGUCAAUGCAAACAUGCAUGUCGGGUAAGGUUACUUGCGUACAAAAUCUAUGUUCACGAGGUUUUUUAACUAAAAGCCGUUGAGAUUCAUUCAUAAUCAAAUUUAAAGGGUUGCGAACUGCCAGGAUCGUAAAAAGCCUUCCAUGUGAGUGCGUCCGCAAGAUCUGGACUGUGUGCAGUUAAUCGGAGAGUCUUGCAACAUCUCUGGAACCAUCGACAGAUAAACACAGACAUAUUCUGAACUCAACCAUCUUGUGAUUGAAUCAUGGCUGCAGAUCUGACUACUGCCGAUGUUUACGAAGAUGCUUCGCUUAUAGGGCAAGACAUAGAGAGGGUAAUCGAACGUUUUGGACACGAUGCUGUCAUAGAUUUGAUGCCGAAGAUAAUAAGUGUCCUUGAGAAGCUCGAACUGGUGGUAGCUGAAAAGGAGAAAAACAGACUCGAAAUCGCCGAGCUGAAACUCGAAAAUGAGAGACUUUACACGGAGAUAAAGCGGGAAGCAAGCCAAAGAAGGAGACUAGACGAGGUAAGUUCAGGUUUCGAUCAGUGUUUCAUUAUUCUGUGUCGGAACGCGCGUAGCAUUAAUUAUGGGUACUAAAAUGAGCAAUCGACUGAUGAUGGUUUCUUCUCGGUUCGGAUUGCUGUCAUUGCUUGUUUGGAUGGGUAAUUUGCCUUAUUAUCCGCUAGGUAUCACAUUAGAGGCUAGUGGUUGGCUUACUCAGGGCACUUAAAAUCGAAUCAGCAGUGUUCAAAGGAUCGAUCGAAUACAACAAGUGGUUGCGUCAUUCAGUGUACUGUUCAUUGUAAUUAUUGUAAGUGAGUUGUAUUAAAGUGGUUACUGGGGGUUCUCUGAACAUUAGGGCUGAACCAUGCAAAAAAGCAUUGCGCCUUGGUCGAAACAAAGGUUAUUUGCCCAAAAUUUGACAUCUUCCGUUUUGGAACAUUGUAGUUAUGAUAUUGUUUCGAUAUGUUAAGUUGUUUACUUCAUGUUAUAUUAUGCGGAAAUUCUUUCACCGCAAAACCGCCUGACUAUAUACACAAUUAAUUCCAUACUGAACUGCUCGUGUAAGAACUAAGGUAAAAUUGUUCGUUAGGUCUGACCAUCUAUUAUUCUUUCAUAAACUGACUCACUAUGUCAAGUUGUGGCGGGAUCAAAGUUCCGCUUUGAAGCAGAUACACACAGCCAUCAAGAUCAUCAAGAAAGCAAGCAAUACGCAAAAUCAAUUAAAAAGAAACUUUCAAUAUACGGUGUUUGCCGUUAGAAAGGGAGAUAAUUUUUAUCCCUGUAAUUGCACAAAAUUAGGUAUCACGCAAAAUUUUCGUAGUGAGUACAAUGAGUACAUUCAGAACACAACGUCAUUCAAACCGAGUUUUUUUUUUUUUUUUUUUUUUUUCAUUUUUAGAUUGGCAUUAUUUAAUGUUGGAAAUGACAUCAUCUCAUUAUGGCUCAUGUGACCCAACUGACUAAGCCAAAAAUGUGAAAAUUUUAUUUGGUGCUGACUGUCAGCAAACCUUUUGGAUACGAGGAAUAAGUACAUUACUUUUAGUUCACUGAACCGGAGCAAAUUUAUUGUAAGAAGUGAGAUUGAUUAAUUUCUUUCGUUGCACUUUUAGACUUACCGGUAAGAAAUGUCUUAAUUUCAGGGCAAAAAGCCAUUAUUAUAAUACACCCCGGUUUGCAUAAAUUUACUCUAAUUUAAAGCUCUCAUGAUCAAAGAAAGUUCACCUUUCUUUGUAGAUAAGUGACACGUGACUAUUUUAUGUGAUAAACUGUGCCAAAACAUUUAAAUAACCAAAACUGAACAAGGAAGUCAAGCUGAUUCAUUUAUCAAAGUUCACCUUUGUUUUGUUAGAUGAUCUUUUGUUAUUUAAGAAGAAACACGUGACUAUUUUAUGUGAUAAACUGUGCCAAAACAUUUAAAUAACCAAAACUGAACAAGGAAGUCAAGCUGAUUCAUUUAUCAUGUUUCACCCUGUUACUUCCAGAAGUGGCCACAGUCAAUAAAUUAUUGAAUAAUUAUUUCAACAAAAAUUCCAAAUUUCAUUUUGUAAAAUACUGAAAAACAAAUAACUCCCUGGUGACCCUUUAAGUCUCCAGAGAGUCCAACAUCAAUUUUUGCCUAAAAAAAUCAAGACGUCAUCAAGAGAAAAUGUCAAGCAAAUUAAUGAAAUGAUUUUCAAGGGAAAAGUGCUUUGAUCUUCGUACAAAUAGCCCACGUUCGAUAUAUUAAAAUUCUAAAUUUUUCACAACUCCAUUGUCUUGCAAUUCCCAGAAGAGACUUGAGCGCAAAGGAAACCAAACCAAAAAUAGAAAAGUGACAAGAAAGCCUCUGAGUCGUAUUAGAAUUUUAAUAUAUUGAACAUAGGCAAUUCUCUCUUAAUGAAAUCUAUGGACCAGUGGUCAGUGACUGCAGAGCAAAAUUUGGAAGGAGGCUAACAACCGCUGAAGGUGGCGGCGGGAGAAAUUGAGGGAUCCAGGGGUAUUCUCCCCCCUGAAAUUUUAAAACAGACUCUCGGAAAUGCGAUUUCCAGCGUUUUGAGGUGCAUUGGCAACUUUUUUUUUCAAUCAAUAUUUAUCCAGGGGCAUCCAAUUUAGCAGAAAUGGCGGCAAAAUUAUUGUGGACGCUAUCGCCCGCGGCUCUGCCGUCCCUGGUGGUGGAUUCAGUCAAUAAGUAAUUUUGGGGCACGCUUAUAAGAGGGGGCCCAAAAUAAAAUAUUUUUUUUCUUGGCCUACAGGUCUCAGUUUGGCCUUAAAAUAAGGUGGGGGUGUGAGCCCAAAGGCCCCUCCCCAAGAUCGAGCCUCUCUAUCGGUAGUUCCGGCGAAAUCGAACCGACAGACGAUCAUUCAUCCAAUUCUUUAUUCACACUUUACAAGAUCACCUUUGAUGAAACGACGAUCUUAAGGUGAUGUUACACGGAACGAUUCGUAACGACGAUUUUUAGCGCAACACAGCAUUACAACAUUGUUGCGACGUUGUUUCGAACAGCUGCAACAUUGUUCCAACAUUGCAACACAGUGUUGCGCAAGAAAUCGUCGUUGCGAAUCGUCUCGUGCAACAUCACCUUCGCUACUCCGAUCAAGUUUGACAGCGUUAGUCGUGCGAUGACGGCAAAGAAAUCUGCUGAAAGGUCUGCUGUACGUUCAGAGUUUUUGUUUUUGUUUUUGUGUUGCAUUUUUGUAUUCUUGUUUCCGUUUUCGUGGUUGCUCAGGCUCGCUAGUACCGUUACUACGCAAAACAACUCUUUACACGCGACAGUCAAUUUCGUUGAAAACCCGACGAUUUGAUGAAAAACGUGCCACGACUGAAACGACGUCUGCAGGUACCCACAAAGAGGCCAAAAAUCUACCACUGUGGAGAUCGGUGUGAAGAAUUUUUAUUAGGAUAUUUGGGCUAAAAGGGGUUAAGUGCUUCCAAAGAGGUUUCAGGGACCUUGCGAUCCGACAACGGCGAGGUCCUUGAAAAGUUCGCUAAAAAGGAGACUCCGCGUCCUUUCAAACCAGGGGAGGGAGGGGAAUUUAUGUUGGAGCUGAAGAGAGGGGGCCGCGCCCGAGUUCAGACAGAGGUGUUAGAAUUUAUCGCCUUGCCGUUCCCGUCCUCAAAAAAACUUAAAAUUUGGUCAUUUCACGUUGUAGUCGUGCAGGGACGGCAAAGAAAUGUACAAAAAGGCGUGAUGCAGGGGCAGACUUGUUGUUUCGCCAACUAAACCUAUUGCUCUUUGACGUUGCCGUGGUAGUUUUGUAAGGUGGUCCCUUUUAUUUGAAUGGCAAUACCACUGGAUUUUUUCCACAUGGUCAAAAGUUGUUUGUUAAACUGCAUUACGUGACUUCAUCAUCCACUGUAGGAACAACAACAAAUGGUGCAGAUUUCUGUUCUUACAUGUAGUUACUAAGUGUUUUUGCUUCUGAGUGACCGCCUUGGUUUGCUAUUUAGGCUCAAAUCAUUCACAGGAGCUUUGACUGUAUAUAUAUGAAUAAUAGAGCCUAUUUAACGCCAUCAUAUCUUUUCAGGAACUUUAUCAGAUCUCGUCAGGAGGGGAAACAGAUCACCUGAAAUCCAUGUUAACAAAACUUCAAGAAGAAAACAGAAAAUUGAGACUGGAAUACGAAGUAACAGCAAAUAGUCAACCAGGUAUUUGAUUAAUUUUAUUAUUAACAAUACCCAUCUGUCCUCCUCACAAUUUAGGUUUCUGGGAAACUGCCCACCUACCCCUUCCCUAAGCUAACAUUAACACUUACUUCUCACUUGGGGCAAAAUGAUGGCUUAGGGGAGGGGUAGGUGGGCAGUUUCCCAGAUACCUAAAACUACAGUUGAAACUCCCGUCAAAGUAAUCAGCAAAUUUCAAAUCUUUCUGGGGAAAAUCAUAGCUAUAAGAUUAAGGACACUUAGCACUACUGUACAUAUGUUGUAUCGUCAAGGCAUAUUAAAAAUGCAGUGGAGGAUCCGGACCUUAAUGGGGCGGUCUCAAAAAAAAAUUCAUUUUCGGCCCUCCGGGCCUCAGUUUGGUCUAAAGUUAAGGGGGGCCCCGGACUCCUCCCCUAGAUCCGCCACUGAUUGACGCCUUUGCUUAAGCUUCUUAAUAGAAGCAACAUGAAUAUCUGUAUGUAUCGGCAAUAAAGUCUUCAGUCAGCAAGCUCUCUACUAGGAAAUUGUGAGUAAAGGCAAUGGAUCCCACAAAUUUUUAAUGGAGGGCUCGCUCACAGGCUGUCCACAAUUCUAAUACUUAACAUGUUUUUUCCAAAGCAACGGCUUACAUCAGCGCGCCUGGUGAUGCGGAGUUGAUGCACAAAAUGAAGGAGACUAUAGACAAUCAGCGAGACUCAAUCAGGAGUAAAAACAUGGAGAUCGACAGUUUUAGAAACGACCUAGAGGCGGUAGGUGGACCAUUUCACUCUGUCAUCCCUUAUAUCGACAUACGAAUUCUCCGGUCUUGAUCUUAAACGUUUUUAUUUUAUAAGAAGUGGGAGGAAUCUGGUCAAAACCAUUUAAAAGCUCAGAGUGGGAGGCCGGACCACAAACCAGGUCUUAAAAGAUCUGUAAGGAUCAUGCUUUAUGUGGUUGAACCCCUUCAGGCGAUCCCGUCAUUGGGCGGUGACGUUGAUUAUUAAGCUGUUGGUCUUGUCUCCUCUGUCUAUUGCACAUCAAUUUGAACGGGACGUAAAUGAAGUGACCUAACUGCUAUUCAACAAGAGUUAGGUUUGACUAGGCCCUGUUGUGUGAUCUAUCUUUUACAGGGGGGAGUGGACUGUCAGUCUAAUUUACCUCUUUGGAGUUCCCGUGCCAACAAUUGGCCAACCUAAUGCCGAGUGAAACCCGUAAGAUCCCGUCCUUGAUUUCCUCGACCUCUUUUACUGAUUAAGCGUUGAUCGGAUUUCGUUAUGGUAGUUGCAUCGUAAUGUACUGUACAAAACCUCUAUUUCAGAUGGAAGAGCAAAUUGAUCGUCUGACAAAUAUCAACGAGAGCGUGCGGAAAAGCCUGGGCGCCAGUCAGGCACGAAUAAGCGUUUUAGCAAAAGAAAAGGCGGAACUUCAGACAGAGCUGCGCACGCUCAAACGUCCAGCAACCCCGAUACAAGAGCAAGAGGGUCAGGAGGAGGAAAUCAUUGAAGAGAAAGGUGUCAUAUAUAAUGAUGACAAUGAACUACAAGAACAACAGGACAAUGCUAACGAAACUGAAGAGGUCGAAGACGAGGAAACGCCGCAAAACUCUUUCGAGAAGACAGAGGUUACUGUAAAUUUAAGCGAGGCAAAUCCUCCUCCAAAACCACCACGGUUGAAAGUCGAACUUGAAGCAACAGAAAACGGUGUUGAGUUUCACGACAAUCAUUAUAAUGGCAUUGAGGGAAAAGAAGAACAGAGAGAGAACAAAUCAGAUAUAAAUGGUAAUGAUGAGGAACAUGAAGAUGGUGACUGGGAGUUUCUUGGUGAGAUCGAGAAACCAGAUUACAAAAGAGAGAAGUCUGAAGAAGAGCGAAAAGUAAAGGCCGUUGUUAAUCACACUCGAGGAGAAAAGGAAAUAAAGCUUGAUCCAAAUCGACCGCGUUAUACCAAAGCAGAAAUGCUGGAGGUUUUAAUCGAAAGAAAUAACUUGAAGGAACGAGUGUUUGCUUUAGAGGACGAACUCAAAAUUUACAAACCCAGGUAACUACUUGAACUCUCACUGAAAAAAGUGCUGAAUUUAACAAGUGGCUUAAUUGUUACUUAUAUUUAGCCUUCUUGUACAGGAGCUUAACAUUUUGUUUGGGGUUAAACCCAUCAAUAAUAGAUGAGCUUGGGGAAUGGUGCCUGACAGAAAGGUGGAGACACAAAUCACACCGAGGCGAACGCGUAGGGUAUCCAUGACAACCCUGUGAGCGGCAACCACCAAGCACCGUCACACUGAAAAAACAGUGGAAUCUAAGAUAAUUACCACAUACUUACUAAAACAAGAGGGAUGGGAGGGCUUGGGGUAAAAAAACUAGCGAAAAACUGCCCAAUAGCGAGACAGGAAUGCAAAAUGACUUGACAUCUGAAGCCAAGCAGUAAAACAUGUGAAGCCCCUGCAGGCAACCCCCUCCCCUCCCCCCCUGCACACCACCAUUGUUUCGUGUUUAACUUAGACUAAAUUCCAUUUAGCCACAUAAAAGAUGUCAAUUUGUUGGUCUCCAAAAUGUUGGGCGGAUAAAAAAUUGGAUAACCACAUGCCUUCCUCGGUUUUUGCCUCCAAGAAUGCCCAAAUUUCCCCAAAAAAUCUAUUCAAGAUUAUUCAAAUUGGAUGGGCGCUUAUUUACGGUCGGGGUUUUGUUAGUUAAAUACUGUUGAUACUUUUCUUCUAGUUAUGCCACCGAACAAGAAGAUCAUGACCAUCUCCAUCAAACCUCACCAAGAAGACCAUCUAGACAUGAAUCCGGGAUAUCACGAAUGUGA